AUGGCAACUUGUUUCAAGAUCUACUGCAUCAACCUGCAAAAAUCAGAUAUAUCUGCAACCCUUGCCACCAUUAAGGAGCUUCGUGCAAUCAAGGACUGCCAUAUAUUCUGGGGCAAUAAAUAUUGCCUUGUGGCAAGCCCAGUGAAGCCGGAUAUACCCAACUCUCUCCCCGUGGAUAGCCGCUUCAUCCGCGACAACAAAGGCGACUUUCUAGAUGCUGCUGCCAAUGCGGAUAAAUCUGAUAAACAGGGUGUCUAUGCUGAAUACAAACGGCUUGCGGCGCGGAAUAUGAUAAGUGAGGCCCUUCAGGAUCGCCAGAAAUUGCACGAGAGAGUGAGCAAAGAUUUCUUCGAAACGAUAAGAGACGGCCUUGUCAACGCGAAGGCAAAUUUUAACGCGCACUCGGAAGGAUCAAUCUAUAUUUUGAGGUCCCUAUCAGGUGAUCUUCUACCUGUCAACGAGGAAUUCUCUGAGACGUCUACGGUAGUCGAUGACGACCCAUAUCCCUACACCGACCCAAUUUCCCCGGGUACCACGGAUUCAGUCAUGUUUAAACCCGAACCCAGCCAUAUAUACCUUAUUUGCGCCGCUAUCCUUUACACUGUAGUGAAUACGCAGGAUAUGAGACAGGACAUGAGGUCUCAGCGCCGAAACCUCGAGGAAAUACAGCUCUGGGAGAAGGAUGAGUGGGCUGCAGAACUUGAGGACCAUGAGACCUUGGAUGCUUUAUUUGUAUCUGGUUACUGCCAAAACCUUCUGCUGUUCAAGCACUGUUAUUUUAGUGCUACUGAUAUAGAGGAACAAUACACAGAGCUGGUCACCGGGAUCAAGAGGAUUCUAGAAACUGGAGAAGAACAGAUUAUGGGCCGGAGGAGCACAAGAUUCACUGCGACACAGAAGCUUAUAAUACUUUGUGCUGGAUUGGGGUGUUAUAUUGCCGCGCCAAAGGUAUUAGAACGCCUCCGGCCUCAAAUACGCGCUAAAGAUAUUGUAUCUCUCGCCCAGUCAUCGCCAUUAUACAAAAAUGUGGAAGAGGAUGUGAUUAAGCGUCUCCUCGAGAUCACCCUCGGCGUCUUCGACCCUAUUAUGGAGAUAAGAUCUGAGGAGUCGGAUGAUCUGCAAAGCCUAGGAGUAUGGGAAGGGCCCGCUACGAUACCUUUACGAUGCAGGCAAGGGAGAUGCUGCCGCGGGUGUAAUCGAGGAUGUGGAAAAGAAAAUAUCCAGCUACCGCCCCAAUACCCCCCGAAUGAGAAAAUGAGCCUACGGGGGUCGAGGAACCUCGCGAGUUUAGGAGAGGUUGAGCAGGAUAGUUUGCGAGGGAAGAAGAGGCCAGGCAUUAGUCAAGAGGGCGUGAUGGAGAAGCGUCAGAGGCUGUAA